AUGAAAUCACUUCUAUUUCUUCUGCUUUUCUAUUACUGGCAGAUUUCCUUCGCCCAAAAGUGCUCGAGCCCGGAAGUAUCAAGAAAGCUAUCAUUUAUUUAUAAAACAGUACCAUUAUAUCAAAUUCAACUGAUAGAAUGUUUCUAUACUGACGGCAAUCCGAAAAAUGAUUAUUACGAUAUUACCAAAAACUGCGUUACUGCUGCCAGGACCCGAAUAUUCAUUGAUAAAUAUGGCUACCAUCACCAUGUUGACGAGAAAGAAUCCAAAGUUUCUCUUAGAACGUACAUUGCCGAUGCUGAUGUAUCACAGAACGUAGUUUUUCUUAGAUCCGGAAAGAAAUGCAAGCAUGAUGCUGGUUUUUGCUAUGACUCUUCUGAAGGAAAUAACUACGCCGUAGUCUGGGCAGUCAACUCAGUAACAAAAACCAUAUGCUCCAAUCAACUGCAACAAAUUUACCACGGUGAUAUUGAUUUUUGGACCUUUACUGAAGAAGACAGAAAAUAUCUUUUUUACUCUGAUCCUCUAAGAGAUCAGUCAUUUUCGUUAAGCCUAUCAAACACAACCGUUUGCUACGGAAAACAAGCUUGGUAUGUCGAAGAACAAGGUCUCUUAGUAUCAUUUACUAGUUUGCUACCUUAUGUUAAAUCCACAUCAUGUUUGGACGAAAACCUCUUCCCGCCAUUCCAAUCUAAAGGAGAUAUUAGUGCCAGUAUUAUUAGGGACUGCACUGUGAAAUCCUACAACUUAAACUUUGAUAGUACGAUAGAUACCGAUUAUUUAUCAGAUUCAAAAAAUCUUAAAAUCAUUCUCAAAUUUUAUCAACAAAAUAUUAAUAACAACAAAGAUGCCAUCAACAAACUGGCAAAAUAUAUACAGAAUCACAUUGUCAAGGAAUCAUCUUCAAAUGUACUUUCAAAAUUUGAUAAAAUAAACUCAUCAAUACAAACAAAUUUAAAUAAUAUUAACAAACUGUUCAAAGAUAUAAACCAGCUGAAAACUGCAGAUAAAGAUAUUUAUUCGACAAUAAAAAAUUUAACGAAUAAUGUUAAACAAUUAAAGAUAGGCACUAGGGACUUUAAUAAAAAUAAUAAAAAAUUAAAUGGGAGAAUCCCAUUUCAAAAUAAUAGAAGAAAAUAUUUAAACAAAUUUAAAAAUGAUGUUUACAAGAAAUUGCACGACUAUAAUACAGAUAUCAGAAAUGAGUUAGAUAAAGUUAAGCAAUCAUCAGGAUCAAAUGUUAUAAACACACUUAAUCCAGCGAUACAAAGUCUUAACCAUAGCAAUACAAACUGCUUAAAUAAAGUAACUAUACUCAAAAAAGACACAGAACAGUCCUUACAACAGUUACAAAAGGACUUGAUGAUCACUCAAGACUCACUGGGAAAAAAUGUCAAGAAGUUUAUAUUGGCCAAUCUAACAAACAUUGAAAUGGUUUUUAGUAGAAAAUUAAACGGUCUUUUAGCAUCUGCAAAUAAAAAAUGCGACAAAUCACUGAAUGAUGUUACCGCCUUUAAGAAUAUUCUUGAGGACGAUCUAGCAAAGCUGGAAGGGAAGCUUGAGAAAUGCUCAUUUGUUCAAAAGACAACUUCCGAUGAACUGAAAAGGGCAGAACAAGCUUUAUCCACUAGAAUUUCAUCUUCAGCAAACGACAUUAAGGAAUUAAAAGAUUCUCUACACAAUUACGUAAAUAUGUCACUUUCUAGUCCAACAGAUAAUAAUAAUAAUGAGUUUUCUCAGAAACUUGCUGAUUUAAAAAGAAACCUGUCAGUCAGAUUAUCCAAUGACGAAUAUCGUUUAAGCGAAGUAGAGACACAUGUACAAAAGCUUAUGAGUGAGAAAAGUAAUUCGCUUGACACUGUUAUCCAGGACAUUAAAAAUAAUGUAUCAGUAUUGCAAGUUAUUCACGUUGAGCUUGCUCCAAUCGUGGAAGCAGGCGUUUUGUCCAAAAUUAAACCCUUAUUAGACUCUACUCUGAUAACAAAAAAUGUUAGCCGUGACUUAGAUGUCUUAAAAGAAGGGAUUGCUGUACAAUUCACCGAUUCUGGUAAAAAAAUAGCAGAUCUUGAAAAAGAAGUAGAUUCCUGCAAAAGGCUUUCUGGAACCAAGUUGAAAGAAAAUGAAAAGAAAAUAGGGCAAGUUGAGAAUACUUUAUCCAGAACACAAAUGACUCUAGUUGAUUUAUCGGAAAAGUUGAAUAAUGGUGUUCUCAAACAAGUCAAUAAAAAAGUAACAUCUGCUUUCGACAAAAGCGCCAAAUGCGAAUCCGAAGUAAAGCAUCUACAGAAUGAGAUUAAAAAGUUAAGGAAUGAUUUUGAAAAGACCGUGGCUAGUCUCAGAGCAGAAAAUAAAGAAUUAGCAAAGAACUUGGAACCACAAGACGUAAAUUGAUAUAAUAGGUAUAAAGUGGAAACUCAUUCUAUUUUUAUUAUUUUUUUUAUUUAGCAAGGUGGCGGCUCGUGGCCUUGGAGACAGGGUCGGCAAGGUUUUUUUUAUCUCCUCAUAUAGG